UGUAUAAAUGAAAACGUAGCUAAGCCAACUGAAGAUUUGAUUGCAAAUGAUAUUGAUCGAACCGAAAUGAAAGAUGCAACGGACCACAACAAUUCUGAUGUCAAUAGCGUUAGUGCAGUAAAGUUUUCAACACUUGUAAAGGAGGCGAGUACUGAAAAGAAUACUGUGAUCGAAGCCAAAACUAAAGCUGAAGAGAAAAAAAUGAUUCACCGGAUAAAAGAUCUUGCCAAAAAAGCUCUCUUGGAAUCAAAUUCAGACGAUUCUACACUUUUAUCGCUCUCAUCGGGAUCGGAAAAGCUGGUCGAGAAGAAAACCGAAUCGGAUUCUUUUGAGAAAAAUGCCGAAGUGAAGCUGUCGCUCCUAGCGUCUUUCAGCGAGAGUUCCAGUUCUGAAAUGGCAAAUAUCUCAAGGAGUACUAAACGUGCUCAUGAACCUGAAAAUGACAGAGAAUCCAUAGUCUCCAGGAUGAAGAAAAGAUUUAAACUCGACAAAAAUCAUUACUACCAAAAUAAUGAGAAAUUGAGAAUGUCCUGCAAAGUUCAUUUAACGCGAUUAAACACGAAAGUUUCUAAGUCCUCUUCCUAUGCAUUAAGAAAGUCAAGAGAGUAUCUGGAACAUAAGGCACUCAAAAGUUUUGUUAAUCUGGAUAAACUUGAAAAGAGACGCAAAGAAAAUGCAAAGGAAGAUUCCGAUUCGUUGACGGAUGACGAUUCAUCCUCAAAAAUUUCGAAAAGCUCAAAUAAACGAAAGGGAAAGACAAAGCUGGUCAAAGAAGAGACUUUGAUGGAUCAUUUUGAAAAAGUACAGGACAGCGAUGUCAUGGCAACUGUAGAAAUAAGUUCUGAUACCGAAGAAUCAGAUUGUCAAAUAAAAAAUAUAGACGAUAUACCUAUGUCUGAUGAAGCUCUAAUAUCCGAGGCAGAUAGAAUCGCGAAAAAUAAUCUGUUAAACUCCUCUGAUUCUGAUGUGGACAGUAAACAUUCUGAAAAAAUUAUUUGUAUAACUGACGAUCAGACUACUGACAAUGAGACCAGCGAUGAAGAAAAUUCUCCGCUUUGGACGAAUUCGAAGAGCAUCAAAAAAUUUAAAAUGAAUACGAAAACAUUGUUCCCAUGCCCAUAUUGCCACGUUUCUUUCAAUUCAAAACACUGUGUCGCUCGUCACAUUAAUGAGACGUGUUUAUUAAAUAAAAAUUCAAGAACGAACAAAGAAACUGGCAGGCACCAGUGCCACCAAUGCGGUUGCAGUUACGAAAAAGAAAAAAAUUUAAAAUAUCAUCAGAAGCACGAGUGCAACCGGACCGUAAUAUGCAAGAAAUGUGGCUCCACUUUUCGGGGAACUAUCGUUCCGAAACGGCAUAGAAUGAAGUGUGAAUCGGACUAAAUUCGUUCAAAAUUGGAAAAAUGAAGAAAGAAGACAUACACGAUGAACCCCAUGAAAAGGACCCUAACGUUAGGUUCAGUUAAAAGCAAGACGUUUACUUUUUAGUAUUUUAAACGCAUUGAUUUUAUCUUAACAUUUUUGUUUUACUAUCAGAAAGUUGUGAUAUUUUUUUUCAGACAAAGUCUGUUUCGAUUACGUAUAUAUAUACCUAUAUAUAAAAUCAUUGUACGGUGCAAAAAUGUUGCGUUUUUUUAAGUUAUUGUUUUGUAUUAAUUUUGUGAUGUACUGAUGUAAAAAACAAAUUAAAGAAUUAAUAAAUAAAAUGGUAAUGAAUGAAUAUUAUCUUGUUUUGUGAAACUAAAAUAAUUAUAUUAUUUUUAUUUAUAAAAAAUGUAUAAAAUAUAACAAGAUAUAAAUAAGAAAGAAAAAUAUAUAAAAUAGUAACAGCAAAUAGCGCACUGAAAAUGCUGGAAAAUAAAUAAAUACUGAGUUUAUUGUCGUA